AAGCAGUCCACAUUGGGAGCGUUGAAAGAGGGGAUGAGCAGAAGUUAGCCUUGAAUGUUGAGAAGCGUGAGCUGAACCCACACAGUGCGCUCGUCACUGCCCCAAGCCCCCAAGACAACCUCCAGGGACAUCCUGCUGCAGACACUGCUGAUCUCAUACAGCCAUGAAUGGAACAACCUGGUCAACAAAACGAUGAAACUAAACUGAAAUGGCUAAUAUCAUCCAAGAUGUAUGGAUCAUUCGCUCAGCAGCAACAUACACAUAUCUGUUGCUGAAACCCGAUGCGCGCAGAUGUCAUUUUAGAAAACAGCUGGAGCUUUUACAAAACCGGUCUUGUGUGUCUGCGCUUCAGUUCCGACUCGUUGCGAGCGACUUGUUAUACUAAUGUAUUGUAUAAUACGUGAAACACGUUUGCAAGAUUAUUACAUUGGAUUAUUAAAAUAGAAAUAGAUUUAAAAGUGCAUUCUUUUUUUCUGUGUGUUUUGUUUUGUUUUGUUGUUUUGGACUUAAAGCCAUAUCAGAGCUUUUAUUAUUGUCGAGACUGAAGGACAAUAGUGUAACAAUAUCAAGCAAGUAAUAUUUUCUACUCGCACAAUUAUUUUUAAUCCAUUGCAUUCUAUUAAUAAAAUAAUAAUUAUAUUGUACUUUGUAUUAGGGGAAAAUCAAGAACUGCUUUUAGAAGAAGAAACUUUGGUUCUCCUCGAACUCUAUAAUAAACAUACAGCUUGAUGUACCCUUGGGCAGUUUUGGACACCUAUUCAUUUGUUCCUUCACUGAAUUGGACCUAAUAUAUUUAAAUAUACUUAUGGAUAUAAUUAUCCAAGGGUACCGCCCAAGGUACCAGAUGAUUUGAUUUCACAGUGCUGAUGGAUACAGGCAGAUGGCACCAUGAUCAGGUUCAGGUUUGUAGUGCUGGUUGCUUUAGUGGCUGCUACCGGAUUGCGCUGCCUUGGCAGCGAAGUCUCUUCAUUAAUUCUCCCCUUCAUCGACUGUCUGCAGAGCAAAGGAAAAGCAGGCUAUUACCAGGGCUCAAUUGAUGUUACCGAGUCUGGGGCACAGUGCAUUAACUGGAAUAAUGUCACUGGUUUUAAAGAGAGAUACCCAGGAAAAGGACUGGGCGAUCACAAUUAUUGUAGAAACCCCGAUAGCAGGAUUAGGCCAUGGUGCUUUUACAGAAACAAUAGAGACCGAGUAGACUGGGGCUACUGUGACUGCAAACAAGGUUCAGUGCGCCUACAAGGAGGCAGAACCAAGCUGGAAGGCACUGUUGAGGUUUACUUAAAUGGAGUUUGGGGAACAAUCUGCAGCAGCAGCUGGGGGGAUGAGGAUGCAGCUGUAGUCUGUCGACAGCUGGGCCACGGGUAUAAAGGCAGGGCCAGGCAGGCGUCAAUCUCCAGGUUCAGUCUGGUCCCAGUACACUGGAAUUCUGUGCACUGUCGAGGGGAUGAGGAGGACCUGCUGCAGUGUGAGAGGAAAGCAUGUCACGGGGGGCUCUGCUCACGGAGAGAUACUGCAGCUGUCACCUGCACCCCUCAGGAAGCGGCUAUGUUUGUUCCAGUGCGUCUGCUUGGUGGGAACUCUGAACGUGAAGGGAGAGUGGAGGUCUAUCAUGCCGGACAGUGGGGUACCAUUUGUGAUGACCAGUGGGAUGAUCCAGAUGCAGAGGUGGUGUGCAGGCAGUUAGGUUUUGGUGGUGUAGCAAAAGCAUGGAGCCAGGCCUACUUUGGGGAAGGGUAUGGACCCGUGCUCCUGGAUGAAGUGCAGUGUACAGGGAAUGAGCUGUCUAUAGAGCAGUGCAGCAAGAGCCUGUGGGGAGAACACAACUGUGCACACAAAGAGGAUGCAGGGGUCUCGUGCACUCCCCUCACAGAUGGUACCUUGCGUUUGGUGGGUGGAAUGGGCAGCCACGAAGGUCGUCUGGAGGUGUACUAUAAUGGGCAGUGGGGCACUGUCUGCGAUGAUGGCUGGACAGAAUCUAAUAUCCAAGUUGUGUGCAAACAGCUGGGAUUCAGGUAUGUUGAAGGUUCUGUGCAGCCCCAUUUUGCAGUGGGUACAGGGCCAGUCUUCUUGGACGAUGUGAGCUGCUCAGGGAAAGAGUCCUCUCUGGUACAAUGCGGUAGAAGAGAAUGGAGAAAGCAUGACUGCACUCACCAGGAGGAUGUAUCCGUUGUUUGCAGUCCUGACCAGGAUGUCAAUGGCAUUCCAUCCAGUCUGCCUAUGCGACUGAUGGAUGGAGAAAAUAAAAAGGAAGGACGUGUGGAGAUUUAUAUUAGUGGCCAGUGGGGAACCAUUUGUGAUGACGGAUGGACUGACAGGGAUGCAGAUGUUGUCUGUAGGCAGCUGGGCUACAAGGGUCUGGCCAAAGCUAGAACCAUGGCAUAUUUCGGAGAGGGCAAAGGACCUAUCCACAUAGACAACGUCAAAUGCACAGGAAACGAAAGGUCUUUAGCUGAUUGCAUCAAACAACCAAUUGGUAUGCACAACUGUCGCCAUAGCGAGGAUGCCGGGGUGAUCUGUAACUAUGGUGACGAGAAGACAACAGAGAGGAGCAAAGACCCUCUUUCCUCAGUUUGUGGCCUACGAUUAGUUCACACACGCCAGAAGAGGAUUAUUGGAGGGAAGAAUUCCUUACGGGGUGGGUGGCCGUGGCAGGCUGCCAUUCGGCUGAGAACAGCACACGGGGACGGGAGGCUGGUGUGUGGAGCCACGCUCAUCAACAGCUGCUGGAUCCUCACAGCGGCCCACUGCUUCAAGAGGUAUGGUAACAACACUAAAAGCUACACUGUAAGAGUUGGAGACUAUCAUACAGUAGUAUCAGAGGAAUAUGAAGAAGAAUAUGGGAUCCAGCAGAUUGUCCUUCACAGCAACUACAGGCCUGACCGCAGUGAUUAUGACCUGGCCUUAGUGCAACUGGUGGGGAGGGACAGACAGUGUGCAAAAUUCAGCAGCCACGUCAUGCCAGCUUGCUUACCUCUUCGGAAAGAGAAAGUGCUCAAGGUUGCGUCAAACUGUUACAUUACUGGAUGGGGAGACACAGGAAGAGCUUAUUCCAAAACACUGCAGCAGGCGUCAAUCCCUCUGCUUCCCAAGAGGCUUUGCGAGGAGCGGUACAGUGGCCAAUUUACUGGGAGGAUGCUGUGCGCCGGGAAUGUGCAGGAGGGCAUGCGGGUGGACAGUUGCCAGGGAGACAGUGGUGGCCCAUUGGUGUGCGAGAGGCCUGGGGGAAGCUGGGUGGUGUACGGCGUGACCUCCUGGGGACAUGGAUGCAGGGUCCAGGACUCUCUUGGGGUCUACACAAAAGUAUCUGCUUUUGUGCCCUGGAUUAAACGAGUGAUCAAACUGUGAAGGGCUUUGUCACAGGACCUGGAAAUGCAUGAUGGGAAGCCUGAAGCCGGCUCCCAACAGGGAUUUUAAAAAUCAUUUAUGUGGCCCAGCUGGGCGCAAGUCUCUUCAUUCUAUUCCUUAAAAUGUACAAAACAGCACUUCCCUGAGGGACCUUACUUGAAUUUGAAAAAAAGGGAAUACAUAGACUUCUCAAUAGACAGUAUAUUGACAUACUCAGCAAACAUGUUCUACCUUUGCUAGUUUGCACCAUUAAAAAAGUUAAACAUUUUGCACUACAAAGUAGCAAUUUUCCUCUACUUGUGUCAAGGUAGGUAGAACAAGACCACAUGGAAAUAGGUUUGUGUAAAGACUGAUUUAAGGUGCAAAAGGACUGGUAUUGCAGUAACUGUUUUCAAUGUAUAAUUAUUUGAGCUUUUCCAGUAUUAACUGUGAUGAUUUGGCACUAAAACUGGUUUUAAGAUAUAUGGUCUAGUACAGUAGUAUGUAAAACUCCAUGGAGGUGCCUAUUCAGUUAUUUAAGUGGCAGCAGUGUUUAGACAUGCCACCAUUUAGAUCAAUUAGACAGACAGUGUGAGAUGUAGGUGUUUGUGUUAGCUUUUUUCCCCAGACUACCUGUUAUAGUUUGUUUACUUUAUUCCCAGACUACUUGUUAUAGUUUGUGUUUGCUUUAUUCCCAGGUCCAAGAAGAAUGUAUCAAGUGUUGUACAGCAAUACAAAUGCUGACAUUUUUCUUUUCACUUUUCCUUAAAAAAAAACAUGCAUUUCCUUAAAUAACAGUGCAAUUACAUUACUUAGCCGCACAUUGGCACUUUGUGCUUAUUUGAAUCAAUUUAAGGAGAGGGGCAAAUAAAUAAAUACAUUUCAAAGAAUUCUCAUGGAAAGGUUUAGGUCUAAUUUCAUUACUUAGUUUCUUUUUAGAACUGGUGAAUUUUUAAAAAUGGAUCUCAAAAAGGUACUGACCUAUAGCCAAAGAUCACACACAGUUGAGCUUGGAUUUGUAAUCUCCAGGUUCCCAGUCCUUAGCUCGCUCUUCCCGGCAACUAAGCCUCAGGGGAAACACUUUUUUAUGGUGCUUGCUGUGUCUGUGAGAUAUUACCAGGCCAUUUUAAACCUGGGUUCAAUUAUGAGUAACCAGACACUUAGAGGAAGGUGAACUAAAGUCUUGCGGCUGUUGCAAUAGUCGCAAACCAGUUGCAAACGAGUCUGAAGUUUAGGGUGAAAUAUACUAAACAACCGCAAUGCUAUUUGCGACUUUUUAGCGAAUGCUUUGCGGCAGCAGUUUCUGUUUGCGGUUCAAGCGUAGAUGAAUAUGUAAUUAUGGGUGUUCCUGCAUAAAUUUGCAAAAAGGGGGUGCAAAUGAGGUUUCUCAAAUAUUAUGAGAUGUAUGAAAGCUGCAGGCAAUUGCAGCAAUUUGUUAAGAACUUUUGAAAGCAUGUUUUAAAUAGUCGCUGGCAUUUCCCAGUCUGCUUUUUGUCGUGCGAGCAGCCAAAUACUUAUUUUUCCCUAAAACCAGGGUAACUUACAAGCCUUGAAAACAAAUUUCUAUGACAUUUCUGGUUUCCCCAACGUGUUGGGAGCAAAAGACUGCACAUGUGCUGCAAACCCCUCCAGCUCAUUCUGAGCAUCUGUAUAGGAAUAGGAAACACACAUAUUCUAUUAAUGUGCAGGUGGUUUGUAAUUGUACACCACAGACUAACUUAAAUAAAAAUGAACAGUAUACAUUUGGCUUAUAGGCUACUAAUGAUAAUAUGAAUUAGUGGUAUAAAGCAAAAUGUGUUGCUGGUUCUUUGAAAUUUGUAUUAAUGAGAAUUGACUGUCCUCCUGUAAGUAUCAUAACUUGUCAAUGUUGUUGUUGUUGUUGUUAAUAAUAAUAAUAAUAAGUAAAAUCAUUUAGUUUCAAUUUAAAAUAAUCUUUUAUUCGCCUUGUACAACAAUGUGUACAAUGCAGCAGCAUGAUUUAUUUUGUGUUACCAUACCUGUAGCCUACAGGCUAAAGUGAAAAGAAAGCGCGCUAGGUGUUCGAUUGAUUUUACUACUGUACUGUAUACUGUAUAGGCAUACUGUAGAUUUAUAUUUUUGUUCAUAAUGUAAUGUGUAACCUACCCAAAACACAUUAGUGUUAUUUCAAUGCAAUGAUUUAUAAAUGUAUGUUAUUGCAAUUUUAUUGUAUUGUAGAAACUGACUAGAGCUAAUGUAAUUAGUGACACGUGGAUAGUAGGCCUAUAUGCUAACUGAAACAGUUUACUAGAGCAAUGCUGAAUCUAAUGAAAUGACACAUUUUAAAAAAGAUAGGUAAAAUUUAAAUAAAUACAUCGAUUUAAACAUAAUAACUCCCCUUCGUAGUCACAGAGGUAGCUAGUUAUUUGCAUGUUGCAUGCUGCAUAAGCACCACUGGCCAUCUGUUUUGCAUUUUAAAUUUGAAGUGAGUGCUGGUCUUAUAUAUAUAUAAAAUAAUAUUAAAAUAGGUAAAAUGAAGACAAAACAGAAAGCAUUGUACAGAUGAUGUUUACAUUCAACAAAAACAAUGUUAUUUUGAUUGUUGCACCCUUGCAUGUAUUGACGUUAUCUUUCGGGCACCCUCUGCUGCAGCAAACCAAAACUCAACUCCCGCUAUCUAUUUAAACAAUGUCGCACGACUCUCGCAAUAGAGAUCACGCUAACAAGAUGCAACAAAUAUUUAAAUUAGUAUAUUGCGGCUCUUUUCAUUAACAUAUUUUCUCUUAGUACAUACGACAACAUUUAUGCUUUGCUAACUGUCGCAACAAAAAUGCAAAUAGCGGUAUGUUUGCACUGCGACUGGCCCACCCUAGUACACCUACCUCUUAGUUACAGUAACUAUCACUUGUUACUAUCAAGUAUCACAGCUUGUAAGGCUUAUAAUAGCAAGAAGAGGCUUUUUUUUCUAGAGUAAGGGGUAUUUUGUAAUAGUCUUGUUGUAUUUCUUGUUACUUCUUUACUUAUUUAAUGUGAGAAGUGUUACAUUUCCUUACAGAUUGCAUGUGAAUAAAGGGUUUGCAUGUUAGUGUUGUGUAAUGCCAUCAUUAGUAACUUAUUGACAUUUGCUGUUUGCUAUUUUAAUGUGGCUGGGUAUGAUUAAACAUGUGGUGUACACUAUAUUAAAUUACUUUAAUUAACUUAAA